AUGCCUCAAAUAGGUUCUUGUACCGAUAUAAAAUGUGAUGAUGAUAUCAAAGAGUUAUAUGAAUGUCAUUGUUGUUUGCAUCUUGUUUGUUUAAAUCAUUUGAUUGAACAUGUUGAAAUAACAAAACAAAAUAAAAAACGAUUAGAUAGUCUUCGUAAUGAAUUAAAUACUGUUAUAAAUACACUUAAAUCAAUUGUUGACAAAAAAUUAUUAACUAUUGGACGCGAACAAUACUUGAUUGAACAAGCAAAAAAAUUGGUUGAUGUACCCAGUAGUUCAAUCGAUGAAUUACAAAAUAUUUUUGAACAAAUUAAUCAAAUAAUAGCAUUGAAUCGUUCAGAUAGUAAAUAUUCAACGCAUGUCAAUCAUGAUUUUAUUAAUACUAUUUCAUUUGAUAAGACAACGAAAUUUAUUAAGAAUCAAAAUAUAAAUAAAAAACAAAAGAAACCUAAACGAAAAUCAUGUCGAACGAUUGUUCAUCAAUGUCCAUUAACAUUUGAUGGAGCAUUUGGUCUUACUCAAACAAAUCAUUGUAUUGAAUUUUGUGAGUAUGGAAAAAAUCAUCGAAUUCAAUUAUAUAACCAUUUCAUCCACAAGCAUAAAUUAAAAGAAGUUUUUGCUCAACGUUUGGUUCAAGCUAUUGCUGAUAAUCACGAUCCUAAAAUAACAAAAUUAUUUGAUGAAAAUGAAAAUGUAAUUGAUCAAUUUUAUAAAGUCCUAUGUCCUUUUGCCAAUGGACCAAUCGAUUUACCAGGAUAUAGCCGACAAUAUGGAGGUAGUGUACCAUGUCGACGUCGUAUACUUCCAUUUUAUGCAUUAAAAUAUCACUUACGACAUCGUCACCAUCUUUCUAAAGUGUUGGCACAAACAUUAGUUGAUAGUUUCAGAGAAAUUCGACCAACAAAUAAUACUGCUUUGAUGCCAGUACUUCUAUCUACAUGA